UGCUGAAGUUGUGGGAGCGGGAGCGAGGACGCGAGGUGACGGGAGCGAGCAGCGGCUGGAGCGGAUCACCGGAGCACCGAGCACCGGAGAACCGAGCACCGGAGAACCGGAGGACCGGAGAACCAGAGAACCGGAGGACCGGAGAACCGGAGGAACUUACCCCCAGGAAGAGAGGGGACUCGGUGGACGCUCCACAGGGAAGUUACCGGGGAGUUGAACUCUCCUCUCCCGGCGGAGCGGCUCUUCUCUUCCGGCGGCUCCCUCCCUCCCGGAGAGAAGGUCGGCUCAUGAAGCCAUGGUAAUAACCGUCCUCCUCUCGCGGUGAGCUGCCUGGUGGACAGACGGAGGCGUCAUGGCCGAGCUGCCGAUCGCCCCAGGAGAGGUCUACAUCGAGGUGGAGUAUGACUACGAGUACAAGUCCAAGGACCGCCUCAUCAACAUCCGGCAGGGCGACUGCUACAUGCUGGUCAAGAAAACCAACGAGGACUGGUGGCAAGUGAGAAAAGAGGAGGGGACUAAAGCUUUUUAUGUGCCUGCUCAGUACGUCCGGGAGGUCCGCAAAGCUCUCAUGCCGCCUCUCAAACCCGCCCCCCAUACUCCCGUCGCCGCCGGCAACACCCCUACCCAAGUUGGGGGGGUCCUCUGGGUCAGGCCAACCAACCUGGAGCUGGGACUCCAGGACCAUCCAGCGGAGAACCUUCACAGACACGAGUCCGCCUCUCGCGCUCGCCGCUCGCCCUCGGCCCAAACCGCCUCCUCGGGGAACUUCAGCCCCCCCAGCCAGCGGCGGCACAGCUCCCACCGCCACCCCCCCGUCUCCCCCACCACCCCCACAGACCACGACCGAGCUCUGCACGACAUUCUGGUCCACGGUGCAGGUCCCAAGCCCAGAGGGAGCUCCAGCACUCUCCCACGUUCGCGUGCUCGAUCCCCAGAGAUGGACCGGGCGCCGCUGGACGUCGACGGCACCCGACCCUUCGACUCCGCAGAGGACGAGAGACGCACAAACGACUCCGAGUCCGGAGACGAACUGAGCAGCUCCUCCACUGAACAUCUACAGACGGGGUCUUCAGGCCGAGGCCGCUCCGAGUCGCCCGUCUACACCAACCUCCAGGAGCUGAAGAUCACUCAGACCAGCCUGCCCCCCCUGCCCUCGGGCUCCCCCAUCCACUCCCUGGGCGACUGGGAGACCCACAGGGACCAGAACGGCCGACACUUCUACUACCACCGCGGCACCCAGGAGAGGACCUGGAAACCUCCACGAGCCAGGGACGCCAGCAGCGGGAACUCCAGAGGAGAGAACCACAGCGCAGAAGAGAGCUCCGAGACGACUCCUCUGUCGCUCUCGCCGUCUUUCCUUCCGUUCCUCUCGCUCUCCAUCGGUCGACUUCAGCCUCUGUCGUCGGAGGACACCUGCUUCAGUGCCUACUCUAGCCAAUCAGACAGUCAGUACGGCUCGCCGCCGCGUGGUUGGUCGGAGGCGACGGACGAGCACGGCCACACGCUGUACGUCAGCGACCAUACGAACGAGAAGUGGUUAAAACACGUUGAUGAGCAGGGUCGACCUUAUUACUACAGUGCAGACGGCUCCAGGUCAGAGUGGGAGCUGCCAAAGUACAACCUCUCUCCUCCUCAGCCGUCAGGAGAUGCUCCUAAGAGCCGCAGCCUGGACCGGAGACACAUGGAGCCCAUCGUCCUGACCAAGUGGAGACACAGCGCCUACGUCCAGGAGCCCAACGACAAGCGGCUGUUAAAAACCAGACGUUUCCGGGCCGUCUCCGCCCGUCUCCACCUUCACCCGUACAAACCCAAAGACGCUCCUCUGGGCCCUGCGCCCCCCUCUCCUGAUUCUGACUCCUGCCCUUCGUCUCCCAAGUCCCCCACCUCUCCGUCUGAAAAGUGUGGCGUCCUGAAUGUGACCAAGAUCACUGAGUUUGGCAAGAAAGUACGGAAGAGUUGGACGUCUUCCUGGACGGUUCUGCAGGGACACACGCUGCUGUUCGCCAAAGAAAAAGGAGGUGGAAGCAGUUGGUUUGGCGGCAGUCAGACCAAACCUGAGUUCACUGUGGACCUGAGGGGCGGCUCGGUGGAAUGGGCGUCCAAGGACAAAUCCAGCAAGAAGCACGUAGUAGAGCUGAAGACUCGGCACGGCACGGACCUGCUGAUCCAGUGGGACACUGACACCAUCAUCAACGACUGGUACCGAGUUCUGCAGGAGACCAUCAGCACCCAUGCCUGGGAGUCUGAUGAGGCCAUUGAAGAGGACUUGCCCGAAUCUCCUGGUUUUGAGACGGGAGACAAAGAACAGAGAGACUCGAAGAAAGGCAGAGCCAUGAAGAGCUCGUCCAGCGUGGACGCCAACGACAACAAGAAGACCCGACACAAGCUGAAGAAGUUCCUCACGCGGCGUCCGACCCUGCAGUCCGUCCGGGACAAGGGAUACAUCAAAGAUCAGGUGUUCGGCUGCAGUUUGUCCAGUUUGUGUCACCGGGAGAACGGCACGGUGCCGAGCUUCGUGACGACGUGCAUCGACCACGUGGAGACCAGCGGUCUGUGUGUGGACGGGAUCUACAGAGUCAGUGGAAACCUGGCUGUCAUACAGAAGCUACGCUUUGCUGUCAAUCACGAUGAGAAGGUGAGCCUGUCCGACGGGAAGUGGGAGGAUAUCCAUGUGACCACUGGAGCUUUGAAGAUGUACUUCAGGGAGCUGCCCGAGCCGCUCUUCACCUACUCGCUCUUCCAUGACUUUGUCAGCUCCAUCAAGAAUUCCGACUACAAGCAGAGAGUUCACUGCAUCAAAGAUCUGGUCCGACAGCUGCCGAAGCCGAACCAGGACACCAUGCAGGUCCUCUUCAAACACCUCAGGACGGUGAUCGACCACGGUGAGGAGAACCGGAUGACCACCCAGAGCGUGGCCAUCGUGUUCGGCCCCACGCUGCUGCGGCCGGAGACCGAGACCUGGAACAUGGCGGUCCACAUGGUCUACCAGAACCAGAUCGUGGAGCUGAUCCUGCUGGAGUACGAGAACAUCUUUGGAAGGUAGACGGUAGAAGAAAGCCAGAGGACAAAGCCUACGUGGACAUUUGUGUCCCUCGCCCAACGCAGAGCUCUUCCUCACCCGGUCCGGGGGGGGCGGAGGGGC